AUGACGGCGGAAAGCGGUGCGGGUCCUCCUCCGCCGCCGCCGCCCGCGCGCCGUCGCCGCCAGCAGGGCGUUUUGGAGCUUCUCCAGUGCGCGCUAUUCGCGCCGAAAGGCCGUCCGCCGCCGCGCGGCGCGCCGAGCGGAUCAACGUCCGCUCCGCUAGUUUCCCGCGAGGCAGAGCUCGGCCCAGCCGGCGCCGGCGCGGAGCCGACCUCCGCGGCGGCGGGCGCAUCUUCCACCUCCCCCGACGCGGAAGCCGCCGCGACUGAUGGGAGCGGCGGAGAAGGCGGAAGCCGCCGCAGUGGCGACGUUGCGCCUGUGGCGGCGGAGGUCCUUCUCGCGGUGGGCGGAAUGGCUUGCGCCGCGUGCGCCGCUUCCAUCGAGAAGGCGCUUCUGCGCCUCGAAGGCGUGUCGAACGCGACGGUCUCCGUUAUUAGCGAGCGCGCUAAAGUCACCUUCGACAGCGCGUUGACGAAUGAGGACGAAGUAGCGAGCGCCGUCGAGGACGCGGGAUUUGACGUCAGCAUCAUCUCCUGCACCAUGCUCGCCGUGUCCGGCGGCGGCGGCGGCGGCGAAGGAGAUGCGGGAGACGCCAGCAACGCCACCGCGGGCGAUGGGCACGCGGCAGCGGCGGCGGCGGCGGGAGGGCUACCCAAGUCGAUGGGCGGAGCGCGCGCGAUUCGCUUCCGCGUGCCGGCGUCGUCCGCGGAUCCAGAAGAACGAGCAGCAGCAGCAGCAGUAGCAGCAACGGCGGGGGUCGCCGCCAUCAGCGGAGGAGAUUCGAUGGAAGAAACGCCGUUGGUGGUGGAUCGAGCGACGCUGCUGGAGCGAGCGCUACAAGCGACCCCUGGUGUUCUGGCCGCGUCAGUGACUUGGAGUCGCAUGCCCGGCGGCGGUGGCGGCGGCGGCGGUGGCGACGGUGACUUGGAAGCGCACGUUGUGUACUCCGUCUCCCCUUCCCCAGCGCCCGCUUCCCCCGUCUCACCCGGCGCUUCCCCCGCUUCCGCCGCUUCCGCCGCCGCCGCUUCCGCUCCCCCCGCGCCUCUCUCCCCAGCGGCGCUCCUCGCGGUCAUCCACAAGGCGGGCUUCCCUUCCGCGAACCUUCUCUUCGAUUCCCCUUCGAGUUCCGCCUAUUCCGCCGGUUCCGCGGGUUCCGCGGGUUCGCAGCACCAGCAGGUGCGCUUCCAACUUAAGGGGCUCGCGUCGGCCAUAGCAGCCGGCACGUCCCAGUCCGGAACCGAAGCCACUAAACUCUCCGGGUCUGUCAAGGGCACUAGCAGCAGCGCUCCUUCCGCUUCUGUCAAAAGGACAGGCAGCUCUCUUUCUGCUUCUGGUAGGAGGAGAAAGGCACCCUCCGCUCCGCCCUCCUCCCCCGCCGCCCUCUCCGCCUCCCCCUCCCCCUUCCUCUCCGCCGCCCCGUUCUCCCCCGCGCUCGCCGCCCUCCCCCUCCCCACCUUCAUCGAAGCUUCCCUCUGCCUCCUCCCUGGCGUUUCCGCUGCAGCAGUCAACACCUCCAGCCAGCACGUCACCGUCUCGUUCAACCCCGAUAUAAGCGGACCCAGGACUCUCUUAGAGGCUCUACAAUCGGGGCUGGUCGAAACGGGACGGCUGGAGCAAGUCGAUCUGGCGGAUAGGGAAGGGGGAGGCGUGGGGGGGAGCGCGGGGUCGAGGCAGCGAAGGAAGGAGAUAAGGAAGCUUCGGCAGCAGUUUAUUUGGAGCUUGGUGUUUUCCGUGCCCGUGUUUCUGCUAGCCAUGGUGCUGGAUCGAAUCCCGCCUUUCGACGAGUGGCUCAUGUAUCGGAUUGUCAACUGCCUGACAGUGGGGGUGCUGGCGCGCUGUAUCCUCACCAUCCCCGUCCAGUUCAUCAUCGGGUGGCGCUUCCACACGGGCGCCUUCCACGCGCUCAAGCGCCGCUCAGCCAACAUGGACGUGCUCGUGUCCCUCGGCACCAACGCCGCCUUCUUCUACUCCCUCUUCAUCCUCAUUGCCUCCGCUGUCACCCCGCCUACCGAGCUAGCUCCCCCGUCGGCAUCGCCUCCUCCUCCUGCUGCUCCUCUUCCUCCGCUUCCUGUUCCUCCGCCUGCUGCUGCUGCUGCUACUCCCGGCACUGGAGCCAACACGUGGUGGGAUCCUGCUAGUAAGAUUGAUUUAUCUGCUCUGGCUGGUUUUCAGGGCAUGCCUGGUGCUGCUGCUAAUGCUGCUGCUAAUGCAGGCGGUAGCAGCACUGCGUAUGGGACCAGAGGGGGAGGGGAUUUCGCAGGGACGGUGGGCACGUGGGAGUGGAUAGGGCGCAUGAACAGCAGGAGCCAGGGCCUUCCCGAAACCGUGAACAGCAGGAGUGAGGGCCUCUCUGGCGCCGGUUCUUCCAGUGCUGUUUUUCCUGAGUCGUCAUUGGUACCGGCACAGGGGAGGAUGGUUCAAGAGGUGGCAGCACGAGGGGCGGCGGCAGCAGCAGAAACAGCAGCACCGGCUAAAACAGCAGCUGCACCAGCAGCAGCAGCAGCAGCAGCGAAUACAACGGAAAGUCAAGGGCAGGUAGAAGGGGGCGGAGGAGAGGAGGAAAUGCCAGUCACAGUCACUUACGCAUACGCUGGGAUCGACUUUUUCGAAACGAGUGCGCUGCUCAUUUCGUUCAUCAUGCUGGGAAAAUACCUGGAGGCUGUGGCGAGAGGCAAGACGAGCGAUGCCAUAGGGAAGCUGCUGAAACUGGCCCCUGACACCGCCACGCUACUAGAGGUGGUCCCGAGCAGGGACGGCGGUAGCUUCACACGUGGCAAUGGCAUGCAGGAAGAACCCGACUACAGCUUCCAGUCGGAUGACGUGGCGCUCUUUGAUUCGACGCGCCAGGUCGGCUUCAGCUUCAAGUCUGACGUGGCGUCUGUUGAUUUGUGUGUUGCAGAUGGGUGUGAUGUGGGUGGUGGAAGGGAGAAAGAGGUGAUGAUGACGCUGAUGGGAGGGGAUGGUGGGGAUGUUGGAAUGGUGAGAGAUGUGACUCUCGAGUCUGCUGCCUCUGCUGCAGCUUUGGAGGAGGCGAGAGGGUUGAUAGCUGGGGAGGAGAAGAGGGGGUAUGAGCUGGGUAAGAAGGAAGAGAACGAAGGAAAAGAGGAGAAAGAGGGGAAGGAGGGUGUUGAGGGGAAGGGGAGGGAAAUGAGGGUGGUGGGAGAGAGGGAGAUCGAGGCGGCGUUGAUUCAGAGGGGAGACAUCAUUCGAGUGGUGCCGGGAGCCAAGAUCCCCACGGACGGUGUCGUGGUGUGGGGGCAAACCUACGUGAACGAGAGCAUGAUAACAGGGGAGUCCCGCCCGGUGCUGAAGCAGCUCGACUCCCCCGUGAUAGGCGGCACGCUCAACCUCGCAGGCAGCAUUCACGUGCAGGCCACGAGGGUGGGAGGGGACACGGCACUGGCGCAGAUAGUGCAGCUGGUGGAGGCGGCUCAGAUGGCCAAGGCUCCGAUACAGAGGGUGGCCGACAGGAUAUCGGCAAUAUUCGUCCCUACGGUCGUCAUCAUCGCACUAGUCACCUUCACCAUCUGGCUAAUUACCGGGUACACCGGCGCAUUCCCCUCGUCGUGGUUACCCCAGGGGAUGACCUAUUUCGAGCUGGCCCUCCAGUUCGGCAUCUCUGUACUCGUUAUAGCGUGCCCCUGUGCUCUGGGGCUCGCCACACCCACUGCUGUGAUGGUGGCGACGGGAAUCGGCGCGCAGCAGGGGAUUCUGAUCAAGGGGGCUGAUGCUCUGGAGAGAGCGCACAAGAUCGAGACAGUGGUGUUUGACAAAACGGGCACGCUCACUCAGGGCAGGCCCAGCGUCACCUCCUGCACCCUCUUCUCCUCCCGGGUCUCACAAUCGGAACUGCUCGCUGUACUCGCUGCUGCUGAGGUAAGCAGCGAGCAUCCUUUGGCCAAGUCCAUAGUCAGCAGCGAGCAUCCUUUAGCCAAGGCCAUAGUGGACUACUGCCUCUCCUCCCCGCACCACACAUGCUCAAGCACUCCCCCCCAUGCCCAGGAGUUUCACUCACUCUCCCUCUUCCUCUCCCCCUUCCCCCUUUCCCCAUUGCAGGUCAGCAGCGAGCAUCCUCUAGCCAAGGCCAUAGUGGACUAUUGCCUCUCCUCCCCGCACAUGCCCACGACCUUCCCCAACCUCUCGCAUAUCCCCUUUCCCUCCUCCUCCCCACCCUCCUCCUCGCCACCUUCCUCCUCUCCCGACUCUCCUCGUGCUCUCCCCUUCUCCUUCCCGCUUCCCUCCUCCACCUCUCCUCUCCCCCAUUCCCCAUCCCCUCUCCCUUCCUCCUCACCCCUCCUCCACUACUCUCCCUCCCCCCUGUCCUCCCUCCAUCCCUCACCCCAUCAUUCCACAUCCCCCCCAUCCUCUAACUCAACUCUUACCUCCACACCCAAUCACCCUACCACUGCCACCGCCACCACCGGCGACAUUUCUUCCCAAGACCCCUCUCCUUCCAAGAAGCUUCUGCACACUCUCCCUCCUGCCGAGAGCUUCGAGGCAAUAGCCGGGCACGGCGUGGUGUGCCGAAUCAACGGGCGCCACGUGGCAGUGGGGAAUCUGAAGCUCAUGCGGACCAGGACCGUAGUCAUGUGCAAUGCACCGGCGCCGAUCGCAGAAGGGGAGAGCGGAUCACAGGAGGAGAUUACAGGUACGGGCACUAAUGCCGCCCCUGCUGCUGCUGCUACUGCCACCGCCGACAGCAACAGCAACAUCAACAGCGCCACCACAGACCCCUCCCUCCCUCCUCUCCCUCGCGGCGUCCUCGAAUGGCUCGCUGAAACUGAAGCAGGCGCUGAAACCGACGUGCUCAUAGCCCUCGAUGGCCACGUGAUAGGCGGUGUCUCUGUCUCAGACCCAGUCAAGCCCGAAGCAGCAGCAGUGGUGGGAAUUCUCCAGUCCAUGGGCAUGCGCACAGUCAUGGUUACAGGAGACAACUGGGGAUCCGGCAGGGCUGUGGGGCGAGCGGUGGGGAUAGAGGGAGACGACGUGGUGGCAGAGGCGUUACCCGCGGAUAAAGCCGCGUUUGUGAGGAAGGUGCAGGGGGAGGGGAAGCAGGUGGCAAUGGUAGGAGACGGGGUGAACGAUUCUCCUGCGCUGGUAGCUGCUGAUGUAGGGAUUGCGAUUGGGGCCGGCACGGAUAUCGCGAUAGAGGCGGCGGAUAUCGUCCUCAUGCGCUCGUCUCUGGAAGACGUCGCGACAGCCAUUGAUCUCGCGAGGACCGCGCUCCGACGGAUCAGAUUGAACUACGUCUGGGCGUUCGGGUAUAACGUCACGGGUAUCCCCAUCGCGGCGGGGGUACUCUUCCCAACCGCCCUCCGGUUUCGCCUCCCCCCGUGGGUUGCUGGGGCUGCAAUGGCCCUGUCCUCAGUCAGUGUGGUGUGCUCCUCUCUGCUGCUGCGACUCUACAGGAGGCCAAGGAAACUUGACUUGAUCAAGCUGGAGGUGCAGCAGUAG